AUGCCCAACUCAACAGUGAACUCUAAACAAACACCUGGAGAAUUGGAAAAAUUGAACCUUGAGAAGGGAAAUAAGAGAAAACCCAAAUCUUCAAUUGCUUCUAUUCCUUCUUCAACCAAGUCUGAAGAGAAUUCUAACAUUACAAUAACAUUUUCGAACAUUGGAGUUCAUGUUAUUGAGAAAAUUCAAAAAUUGCUUGAAGAAGAAUAUGUGAAAAAUGAUUCAAAAAAGUCAAAACGAAAAUCAAAAUCAAUCUGUUCUGGAAGCAUUGAAGCAAAUCCUUUAUUUAUCACCGAAAAGAUUAAUUAUGAUGAGAGAUAUUUGAAAAAUUUAAACAUUGAAGUAGAGGAUUCAUCAGAAGAAGAAUCAGCUUUAACCACUAACUCUAACCAAACAAACAAAACAUGUUAUAAUUGCUUAGGGAUUGGACAUAUUCUAGCAGAGUGUCCGUAUGAACUAGAUUUUGACGAAAUUGAUAAAAAUAGGGAUUCAUUUAGGAAAAAAGCGACUACUCGAAUAUUCGAAGCAUUUGGGCCAACUCCAAAGCGAAGUGAAAAGAAGUCUCCUCUAGAUAUCAAGAAUUUUGCUGUACGGUUAUCAGAAAAAGCAAAAAAGACGACCUCUCGGUCAGUUUUGGCAUCAUACAAAGGAGAAACUCCUCAGAAUAAGAUUCAUGAGAAAGAUAUUGGGACUGUGAGUGAAGAAUUUCUUUAUGGAGGAGCCCCAAUUGAAGCCAGUAAUUUUGAAGAAAAGAAACAAAAACUAUCUAAAGUUUUUACUCGCUUAAAGGAGCAUAAAGAAUUCGAAAAGAAGAGAAAAUUCGAUCAAUUCUCAACAGACGACCAUAACUACAUUCACAUUCGUGAGUCACAAGAAAAGUCCUCUUCACAAGAAAGGUCAAAAAAGAGUAAAGAACCUUAUCACAAGAAAAAGAAACAGUCGUAUGACAAGAGUUAUGACGACGGUGAUAAUUUGGAACCUCGGCAGCGUUAUCGUUUCAAAGAAUUUUUUGGUGAAAGAGAUGGCAGACGCAACAAUUCUCGUGAAAGUCGAUCAACAAAUAACACAGAUCGAUAUUACUAUGACCAUUAUGACGAUGAAUUUGAACGAGGUUUUCACCAAAGAAGAUAUAACAAUGACGACAGCACUCCUCGAACAAAUCAGUCCAAGAAAAAAAACGACUCAAAAAAUCAAUCUUACGCCAAGAAACAAAAUUCAAAAAGAAAAUAG